AGACCGUCCAAAAUAGGGAUCUCAAAAACCCCACUAAACCUCAAUAGAUUUUGUGUUUGCCUCUUGAAGUAACGAAAUUCUUAAAACCAUAAACUUUUUCACCUUUCUUCGUCGUUAUUAACUGUGUCUCAAUCGAAAUCGAAGAAACCAAUUCAAGAACCUUAACGUUGUGCAAAAGAUUCAUCGAAAAUGUCAGAUAUAGUAACACCAGGAGAUGUACUCGGGAAUGCGACUGAGUUCAAAGCCGGGAAAGGAGCUUAUGUCAACGACAAUACCAUCUACGCUUCCCUUACAGGAUCACGCCGGAUUGUUUCUCCUCUUCCGGAUUCACCUGACCAGAGAGCUAUUGUGGAAGUUACAGGUCACAAGGCACAUGGACUUAUCCCGGAGACUGGUUCUGUUGUCACAGGAAGGGUUACUAAAGUUACAGCUCGGAUGGCUUCUGUUGAUAUCUUGUGUGUUGGUCCAAAGGCUGUUCAUGAAAAAUUCGCUGGCAUAAUCAAGCAACACGAUGUUAGAGCAACGGAGGUCGACAAAGUUGAUAUGCUUCUGUCUUUCCGUCCUGGUGACAUUGUUAGAGCUAUGGUUCUGUCUCUUGGUGAUGCAAGGGCUUACUACCUGUCUACUGCUAAGAAUGAGCUUGGUGUGGUCUCAGCAGAAAGUGCAGCAGGUGAAACAAUGGUUCCGAUUAGUUGGACAGAGAUGCAGUGCCCAUUGUCGGGCCAAACCGAGCAGAGAAAAGUUGCCAAGGUCGGUUAGUUGAAUUCAAAGGCGAUAUUUGGCUUCUCUUAUAGAAUGAUGUGUGGUCUCUGCAACCUGUGAGGUUAUUACAAUGUUGAGCUCUUGUGACUUUCUUUUAGCGUACACUUAUGUGGAAACGGUAGGUUUAGCCUGGAACAACUUGAAUUACACUGAUUGUUGCAAUUACUUGAAGAUGCAAUAUACAGUUCCUUUAUAACAUUGUCACUGUCGAUGAAAGGGUUGAGAGAUAAUGGAGUUUAUGUGAA